AUGAUGAUUCGCCUCGGCGACUCCCAGUGCGAGUACAACAAGGAUUUCCGCUUCUUUAUCACAACGAAGCUGCCGAACCCGCACUACUCGCCAGAGGUGUGCGUGCAGGUAACUCUGCUGAAUUUCAUGGCAACACCAGAUGGAUUGCAGGAUCAGAUGCUGGGCAUUCUCGUUGCAAAGGAGGAACCCGAAGUCGAGCGAAAGAGGCAGAACCUCAUCGUAGAGAGCGCUCAGAGCAAGGCGCAGCUGAAGGAGAUAGAGGACCGUAUCCUCCAACUCCUUUCAGAGUCCAAGGGCAACAUUCUUGAUGAUGAGGAGCUGAUAAAUACACUGGCAACGUCGAAGACUGCUUCCCUUCGCAUUGAAGAACGUGUUGCCGAGCAGGAAAAGACCCAGGCACAAGUGCAGGAGACGAGGGCAACGUAUGUACCUGUUGCUGUUCGUGCAAGUGCACUUUUCUUCGUGAUCGCAGAUCUCUGCAAUGUGGAGCCAAUGUACCAGUACAGCCUCGAAUGGUUCUACACCAUCUAUGAACAAGCCAUUGCCGCGGCUGAGAGAUUCGAAAGGAACAUCCAGAAACGCCUGGCUGCCUUGCAGUCCAAGUUCCUGGAGAUGCUUUUUGAACAGACGUGCCACUCUCUCUUUGAGAAGGACAAGCUGAUGCUCUCUCUGCUUCUUUGCUUCAAGUCCAUGGAGGUUGAUGACGACAUCAACCUUGAAGAGAAGCGGCUGCUGCUCAUGGCUCUGGGUGGUGGAACUGCUCAUCUGCCAAAGCCAGAAUCAGCAGAGUGGCUGACAGAGAAGAUGUGGAGCAGGAUCUGCGUUCUGGACAAAGUGGGCAAGGGUCCAUGGUACAAGUUUGCCACUUCAUUCCAGGAUAACAUCGAAAAGUGGAAGGGCCUCUUUGACUCCGACAACCCUGUGGCUUACAACUGGCCUGGCAAGGAGCAGAUGUCAGCGCUGCAGAGGGCACUCGUCUUGCUGGCUGUGCGCACGGAUUGCACCAUCGCGGGUCUUCAGGAGGUGAUUGCUGCCAAUUUGGGGAAGAGCUUCCUUGAACCACCCGGCUUCAACCUGGAGAAGUCAUUCCACACGAGCAAUGCCUGCAAACCUCUCAUCUUCGUCUUGUCCUCCGGAGCCGAUCCAAUGGUAGAAGUCAUCCGCUUGGCGCAGAAGGUUGGCAUGAACGAGCGGUACACGACUGUCUCGCUUGGACAAGGCCAGGGCCCGAAGGCUGGAAGAGCCAUCACAGAUGGUAUUGAAGGUGGCCUUUGGGUCAUCCUACAGAACUGCCAUUUGGCGCCAUCCUGGAUGGCAACCCUGGAAGUCAUGGUGGAGGAGUUGAAUCCAGACAAGGUGAAUGAGCAGUUUCGCCUGUGGCUGACAUCGAUGCCGUCUUCGGAGUUUCCUAUAUCCGUACUGCAAAACGGCAUGAAGAUGACCAUCGAGCCACCAAAAGGCCUGAAAUCAAACUUGCUGCGGGCAUUUUCUUCCAUUGAUCCGGACUGGUUUGCAGAGGCGUGCACAAAGAGCACUGAGUGCAAGCAAACCUUUAGGAAGAUGCUCUUCGGCCUUUGCUUCUUCCACGCGCUUAUUCAGGAGCGGUGCACAUAUGGACCUUUGGGCUGGAACAUCCCGUACCAGUUUUCAGAACCUGACCGGCAGAUCUGCAUGAUGCAGCUCAGGAUGUUUCUGGAAGAGAAUGAUGCGGUUCCCUACGCUGCGCUGCGGUACACUGCAGCAGAGGCAAACUAUGGCGGCCGUGUGACUGAUGUUCAUGACCGCCGCUGCAUCAACUUCCUCCUCACGGACUUCUAUUGCCCAGAAAUUCUCAAGGAUGAGUACAAGUUCUCCCCUUCGGGGGUCUACUACGCGCCGGCUUACUCUGCAAGCCUCGAGCCGUACAUCGAGUACAUCCGCAGCUUGCCCAUCAACCAGAUGCCGGAGGCCUUUGGUCUGCAUGCCAAUGCCAACCUUGUUGCAGCCAUCAGCGAGGCCAUGCGCCUUCUGGGCACAGCAGCUAGCCUUCAGCCCAAGACAGGAGGAGGUGGUGGGGGUGCUUCGCAGGAUGACAUUGUACUGGAGGCUGCGACGAAAUACCUUGAGGAGGUGCAACCGCCCUUUGACACAGAGGCCUCCAAUGCCAAGUACCCCGUGGACUACAACGAGUCCAUGAAUACAGUCCUUAACCAAGAGCUGCUACGCUUCAACAAACUGAUUGCAAAGGUUCGAAGUACUCUUGCCGAUGUAAAGAAAGCUGUAAAGGGUCUAGUGGUGAUGAGCGCCGAGCUCGAGAUGGUUGCCGACGGUAUCCUGACCGACCGCACACCCUCAGUCUGGAUCGAAGUAUCUUAUCCCUCCCUGAAGCCUCUUGUGUCGUAUGUUGCAGAUCUCUGCGCCAGAAUUGAGUUCUUCCAGAAAUGGAUUGAUGACGGCAUCCCAGAAGCCUUCUGGUUGUCAGGCUUCUACUUCACCCAGUCGUUCCUUACGGGCCAGCUGCAGAACUACGCUAGAACCCUGAAGCUGCCCAUCGACACGUUGAUUUGGAACUUCAAGGUGCUAAAGAUGUCAGCGGAGCAGAGUCGUCCAGGUACAGGGUGCUUAGCCUAUGGCCUGUUCAUGGAUGGUGCACGUUGGGAUGACAAUGACAGCGUCAUGGCGGAGAGUUUUCCGAAAGUCUUGUUCAGCGCUUUACCCACGCUUCACCUGACACCAUGCGAGACCUCCAAGGACCCUACGGACCGUCGAACAGUGUAUCCGUCACCGCUCUACAAGACGUCCGGUCGUAAGGGCACACUCACCACCACUGGUCACAGUACCAACUUCGUGAUGACACUCUUGCUCCCGAUUACGAAGCAGCAUACGGAGAAGUACUGGACGAAACGCGGUGUUGCCUGCCUGCUGCAACUGGACGACUGA